AAUGUUGUUCAACCGAACAUGUCAUUUAGGACCGACCAUGCUGCUUUGAUAUUUUUGAAUACUUCGAAUCGUUUCGCAUUGUUUCAAUCAGGUUAUAGACUAAAAUUAAGAAUUUAUAAUGUCGGACACAAGUGAUAUGGACAGUUUUGAUGAAGAGGAGGUUAAGCAGAAGCCAGCGAAGAAGAAGAAGACAAUCAAGCAGGUGAAUGGAAAAUGGAAAGAAACCGAUAUGAACGACAAUGAUGGUGGACAAGAAAGCGGUGAUGGUGACGAUAACGAUGACGAUGGGCAUGAGGAUGGUGAAGAAGGCGAGGGUAAAAGAACCAAAACAAUGCGCAUCAAUCCACUGAAUUUGAUCAGGAAUAAAGAAAUUCGUCAUAAGUUAUUCAAGAAACAGCAACAGGCCAAGAAAAAAGAACAGAAAAAAGCGCGUAAACAACGCAAAUUGGAAGGUGGUCCACGCAGCACCGGUCAUACAAUCGAAAGUUUACGUGAAAAGGACCACACAACAGUCGAAAAUCUUGAAGAUUCCGACAAUGAAGAGUUGCGGAAAGAGUUGGAAAUUGAUGAUUUCAGCGAAUAUUUUGCACGUGAAUACACACCCAAAGUGCUGAUCACCUAUGCCGAUAACCCCGUUACCAAAACCAGGAAAUUUGGCAUUGAACUGGCCCGUAUCAUUCCAAAUGCGUUGGCUAAAAUCCGAAAUCGGUCAUCCAUUAAGAAGAUGGUGAAAAGUGCGAUCCGAGAGAACUUCACCGAUAUCAUCAUUAUCAACGAGAAUAAUCGUGAACCAAACGGUAUGGUAGUUGUUCAUUUGCCCAAUGGGCCAACGGCUCACUUCAAAUUGAGCAAUGUACGUAUCACUAAGGAAAUUCGUCGUAGUCAUUUAGAAUUCACCAAACAUCGGCCGGAAGUGAUUCUAACGAAUUUCACAACACGUUUGGGUUUGUCUGUUGGUCGUAUGCUGGGCGCAUUGUUCCACCACGAUCCAGAAUUUAAAGGACGUCGUGCGGUUACAUUUCACAAUCAACGUGAUUACAUUUUCUUCCGACACCAUCGCUACGAAUUCGCUAAAGACGGAAGCCGAGCUAAACUCCGAGAAUUGGGGCCGAGAUUCACGCUGAAGUUGAGAUCAGUUCAAGAAGGUACAUUCGACAGCAAAUACGGUGAUUACGACUGGAUGAUAACAAACAAACGACACGCAAUGGAAGGUCGUCGACGAUUCUUCUUAUAAAUUUUCAUCAGAAUCUAAACAAAUUGUUUUAACAAAAAAAUGUAUGAACUUUGAAUGAAUGAAUAAAUUAAAUAAAAUGAUAAUUAUUCAGAAAAA